AUGAAGAAGUCGUCGUUGCUAAGCAGCCGCGGCUACACCCAAGCCCUCGAGAGGCUCUCUUUGCUCGGCUCCAACCGGACCAGCACGCGUCUCUUCGAAGUGCAAAAAGCGGCUCCAUCGACGGCAUCCGAUAAACCGGCCCCCAGGAAAGACCUCAACGCAGAUGCGAUCCCCGAGAUGCUCACGUGGCUGCGGCGCGCGGGAUACACGCCGCAUGACCUCUGCCGCAUGCGGCACAUCCACGUCGCGGGGACCAAGGGCAAGGGCUCAGUGUGCGCCUACGCGACGACCAUUUUGCGCAAAUACGGCAGGGUUGGGACGUUCACCAGCCCUCAUCUCCUAAGUCCGAGGGAACGGAUCGCCAUUGAUGGGGAGCCGGUGGAGAAGGAGCUGUUUGCCAGGUCGUUCUUUGAGGUGUGGGAUCGGCUCACGGAGGCGGCACGUAAAGAGGGCAAGACUGCGGCGGAGGCCGAGGGUCCUGAGUCGAAGCCGUUCUAUUUUCGGUUCAUGACGAUAUUGGCUUGGCAUAUAUUUAUCAAUCAAGGGAUCCGCGAUGUCGUAUUUGAGUGUGGGAUUGGUGGCGAGUACGAUGCGACGAACGUCCUGCCCGCGGAUGCGGUGUCAGCGGCUGUAGUGUCGCAGCUGGGGAUUGAUCAUGUAGCUAUGUUGGGGGACACGGUUGAGAAGAUUGCUUGGCACAAAGCAGGCGUUUUCAAGCGAGGAAAGAAAGCAUUCACUAGACGGCUCGACGGCCAGCCAGAGGUCAUGGCAGUUUUACGAUCGAGGGCAGAAGAUAAAGGUGCUAUUCUGGAGGAGAUCGAAGACGGCAUUGUCAAUGCUUGGGGAGGUGUGAAGGGCACCUUGAAAGGUGACUUUCAAAAGUUCAACCAGGCGCUGGCGAUCUGUGCCGUGCGAGAACAUCUUGGGCUGGAAAGCACGGUCAGGGCCAGCGUGCAGAACCCACCCGAGGAGAUGAUCGAGGCUUUGAGGGAGGCGAGGCUGCGAGGGCGCGGAGAGGUCAUUGAGGAUGGUGGAAUACAAUGGUGCCUUGAUGGCGCGCACACAAAAGACAGUUUGAUAGAGGUUGCCCGGUGGUAUGGCCAGGAACUGGACGAGAACGAAAAGGUUGUCCUGAUAUUCAACCAACCGGAGCGAGAGAUAUCGGAACUUCUGACCGCUUUCAUGAGCACUGUGAAGGCUGUCUCGGGCCGGGAGGAUAUCUUUAGCCAUUCGCUCUUCACGACCAAUGAUGUAGAAGGACCAGCUGCUGACGAAAUAAGGGAUCUGGCUGUCCAGCAAAAAGGAGCUGAGACUAUGAAACUUCUUGCAUCAGAUUGUCAGGUACAGACUUUCAAUAACAUCAGGGAUGGUAUUUUGGAAGCAAGGAGAAUAUGCAAGGACCCAGGUGGUGCCAAGAGAGUAUUGGUAACAGGAAGCAUGCACCUUGCAGGUGGUGUUAUUGGGAUUCUUGAGCCUUGGAACACUGCUUGA